AAACACCCUAUUUAACCUCCAAACCAUAAGUAACACAAGCACCAAAGGAGGAGGAAGCAUAAUUGAAAGAAGAGAGAAGAUGGCCAGCAUUUGGGUUUCAAUGAGCUUGAUAAGCAUGGCUGCCAUGACACAGAUGGCAGCGGCCCAAAGCACUUCAUGCUUGAACCAGCUCCUGCCUUGCCUUAGCUACCUCAACUCCACCACAACUCCUCCAAGCACUUGCUGUGAACCCCUCAAGUCCAUCAUAAACUCAGAUCCCCAAUGCCUUUGCUCAAUGCUGAAGUCCGGAAUGUCAGGCAUCGACAUGACCCAAGCUGCACAAUUGCCCUCCAAGUGUGGUGUGAACGUCAAUGCUGCAACUUGCGAUGUCGCCAGUUCUAGUCCCAGCUCAAGUCCUUCCCCCAACACUCCCACAAGCAGGACCACUCCCACAAGCACCACCACAGUGCCAAGUUCUACCAAUGACAGUUCCUCAUCGAAUUUAAUACCAGUCCAUGCCCUUGCCGUAAUCAUUCAGAUAAUCGGAAUUGUAUAUAUCCUAUUCUAAGGAUAUAAUCCGGGCCAUUGUUUGAUAUUCACGCCACAUGGCAUGUAGAUUUGGUUUCAAAUUCUUUUUAGUAAUGAUUUGUUUUUUAAUUUAAACUAGUCAUUUUGUCCUGCCCACAUUGCUUUCGAGAAUAUUUAGGUUUAAUUUCAUGAGAGCUCCUCCACUGGAGCUCUAGAUUGUUCAGGUUCCCCUUUGUAGUUCCUAUGUUACAGAAUAAAGGUUGAUUGUUUUUGUGAUGAGUGAUAAA